CACUUUUCACCUUUAACAAACAAGAAAUAACUUAUGCUUUAUAAACCCUCUUCCAUAAUAUUGCUACUGCAGGAGCACAUAUAGAUUUUCAUUUUUCUUUCAAAUGAUUCUUGGACCAAAAAAAAUUCUUUUCAUACAUCGGGUACAAGAUCAAUGAUUUUUCCCCAUCGCAAUGGUAACUCAUAUUCCAAUAUUUUAGUUACCAGAUCCACUUCUUUCAUUUGACACAUUUUUUCUUCAUUUUUUCCACUUCGGGGGAAAAUAAGAUCUUUAGACUUUCAUUUCUCUAUAUGUCGAAUGUAGCAAUCGAUAAGUCAACCCAUAAUGAUUUUGCUACUACAGGAGCAAUUUUCAUUAUCUGAUAAUGUCCAAGCACAAACUCCAUGUUACGUGAUCGACAUAUAUAAAAUAAUAUAAACAAAUAACAUGAUCAAAUAAUCCCUCAAAGACAAUGAGAUAGAUAAACAUACUAACAAGAAAUGACAUGAAAAUUUGCAUACCUUGAUCGUGUUGUGAUCUUACUCAAGUAUAUGUGAUUAUGUAGAGAGACAAUGACCAACCAUUACUUUGGCAGAGCUCGUGCUGAUAACGUGUUAAGAAACUAAAGGAAUAGAUAAACAACUAUGAGAGAGUAUGAAGAGGAAAAGACACAAGAGAAGAGAGGGGAAGAGUUCUUCUUAUUCAUGUAUUCCUUAGUACAAGGAGAUCAUCUAUUUAUAGGCACACAUCACAUAACCUCUACAUUCUUACAAUCAAUAUACAUGAAUGUGAGAAUGAAUGUGAAAUAGAAAUGGGGUGGGGGGUUACAUGUAACACCCAAUUGUGCAUCUAAUGUGUCAUAUGAAGAAAUAAAUAUAAGGAGAUGAGUUACAUAGAACUUGUAACAUACCAUGGAGCAUCUAAUAUUGGUCAUCCAUAAUGAUAAUAAUAUUUUCAUAACAUGGCAUUAAUUAUGCAUCAAAGAUGGCCAAACUCAGAGAUUUGACCGUUAAGAAAGGCAUAAUUGUGAAAGUUCAGAAAGGUAAACUUUAUAGAAUUAGUUUGCACUAUCAUCAGGGAAGGAAACGAACCGAGUAAACAAGGGAGAAGCGAUCGAAUUCUGUGCCACUCAACAAUUCUGUGCCACUCAACUCAACUGCUUGUCCAAAUAUUAACCGCUCCUUCCCUAUCCUUCCCGCUGAUAAGCCUCCUUCACACUCAUACCUUUCGCCGGCCGACAUGCAAUCGCCGAUGUCCACCUCUCUCUACCAUGGAAACCACUCCCUUAUACUAACACCGAGACCAAGUCAGCGGUACUUGUUGGGGAGCAGCUUCCGGCGGCGACUCCAACUCCGGUCAAGCAGCGGCAGGACACUUCGGAUUCGGGCCGCUGCCAACGAUGUGGGCACUCCGCCGGCGGAGCAGGACAAAGAAGAAAUUACAAACCCCAAUGAAGAAGAACCGAAUUCAGCAUCCCUUCCUGUGGUGGACGGCAAAGACCUGAAAAGGGUAGUACAGAAGACGGCGGCAACGUUCGCUCCCAGGGCGUCGACUGCUAGCAAGAAUCCGGCGGUGCCGGGGAGCACACUGUACAGCGUGUUCGAGGUUCAAGCGUAUUUGUCGAUGGUGUUUGGCGGUGCUUUGUCUUUCAAUCUCAUCUUCCCUUCCGACGAGCCCGAUUUGUGGAGAUUGAUGGGGAUGUGGUCCGUUUGGAUGUUCACAAUUCCUUCGUUGAGAGCUCGAGAUUGCUCGAACAAGGAGAAAGAGGCUCUCAAUUACCUGUUCCUGCUGGUGCCUUUGAUGAAUGUGGCCAUCCCUUUCUUCUGGAAGUCGUUCGCCGUUGUCUGGUCCGCUGAUAUUGUGGCUUUCUUCGCCAUGUACGCUUGGAAGUUGGGAUGGCUACAGAGCAGAGAAUGAGAGGGCAAACAUUGAUGAGCUCUGUGAAAGGAAAAGAGGCAGGCAGACAUUGUAAGCAUGCACUACUAGCACGCAUCAUUCGACGCGGAUCGAAGUAGUGUUGGCCAGCAGCAGAAAGCAAGAGACUGCAAAUGGGUUUCUCAGCAAUGCUAAACAAGUACAUACAGCUAGCUCAUCAUCGCGAUUGAUCCAUAUGUAAUAGGAGGAGCUGUGCCUGUGGGUGGUAGAGAAUAUAGAAGGGUAGUGGAGGUGUACAUUUUUGCCACCUUUUCUGUGUAUGAAGCUGUUCGUUUGGAACCAUGAAUUGAUAUCUUUGAGAGAGGGCCAAAGAUUGAAUGGCAAGUACAAAAUCAAAUUGGAAGGGCAGUUCGAUACGAGUUCGCGUUCGAAUAAGAACAGACUACUCAUCUGCAAAUGCAGCAGUUGGAGGAUCAGUACAGCUUGCUAUCAAUGUGCCUGAUAAUAUCAAUUGGCUAGGUGCUGGAUUGUGAACACGAACGAGAACAAACCCCACAUAAAUUU